AUGAAGACUCUCCAGCUCCUCCUCGUCGUUGGCAUCAUGGUCACGGCCAGUCCCAUCGACCGAGACGUCGCCCAACUGCACAGGCUCAAAACGGUCGGCAACCCGGAACCGGGGUACAACCCCGUCAUGGUGAAGCCACUCGGGGGCUUCGCGGGCAGGGUGCUCCAAGCAGGAACAACGCACUCGGCGCCUUAUGGGCGCCAUGCCGCCGGCGUCGGCAUCACCAACACAGCCCAAGCGCUCUUCUCAGGUGGCUUCGUAGGAGCCGGUGUACCCACGGUGGCGAGCGAGCUCGUGCAGGCCGUGCGGGCGGGCGCGUUCGAGAGGUUCGGAGGCCGGGACUCGCCGUUUGGACGGUGGGACGCGGAGAGGAGGAAAGUCGGCCAGGAGUGGAAGCAGGCAAUCAUCGAGGGGGCGCAGAGGCUGGGAAAAUGGUUCGAGCAGUUCAUGCAGGGAUAUGUCGUUCCGCCAACCGUCUUGGUUCCUCCGACCCCUUCAACUGCUUCCGCUCUGCCUGAUCUUCCGGAGAUCCCAAACGUCUAA